ACUGAGGUGAACGGAAUCCUCGAGUUUAUCAGGUGGUUUUGUUGGUCUCAGUUUACUUCCUUUGACUCAACAAAUCGCACCCGAAGAGGAGGAAGACCUCGGAAUCAAUGGCUGCGAUAUUAGCUCGCAAGUCUCUUCAUACUCUUCGCGCUCGUCAGAUUGCUGUAUCAGGACAAGCAUUGCAAGGUUCAAACCAAUAUGCACUGAAAUCUAGUGCCCACUUAUAUUCCACCCAAAAAGAAGAUGAAGAAAGAGAGGAGCUUGCAAAGGAGAUCUCAAAGGACUGGAGUUCUGUAUUUGAGCGAAGCAUAAACACACUGUUUCUUACUGAAAUGGUUCGCGGUUUGUCGUUGACUCUCAAGUACUUCUUUGAGAAAAAAGUUACCAUAAGUAUCAAUUAUCCAUUUGAGAAAGGUCCUUUGAGCUCUCAUUUUCGUGGUGAGCAUGCACUCCGACGAUAUCAUACUGGGGAGGAACGUUGUAUUGCAUGCAAACUCUGUGAAGCUAUUUGUCCUGCACAGGCAAUCACCAUCGAGGCUGAGGAGCGAGAAGAUGGAAGCCGCAGGACUACUAGGUAUGACAUUGAUAUGACAAAAUGUAUCUAUUGUGGAUUUUGCCAAGAGGCAUGCCCUGUUGAUGCCAUUGUUGAAGGACCAAACUUCGAAUUUACAACAGAGACUCACGAGGAGCUCUUGUACGACAAAGAAAAGCUACUUGAUAAUGGAGAUCGUUGGGAAACUGAGAUUGCAGAGAACCUCAGAUCUGAGAGCCUUUAUCGUUAAAAUGUUUUUUUUUUCCGCAAAUGUUAGACGGUGACACGACAGAUAAAAAGACGUGAAAUGCAACCUUCUACUUUUCUGCUGGUAGAACUUUCUGAUUUUUUUACGAGAAUGAGCAAAAAGCAUGACAAUCCUGUUGGAAUUUCAUUUC